AUGGGGGCUGGGCCUUCUGGGGGUACAGGAAGAAGAGGAGGGUGCAUGAGGGAAGGGGAGGUACCAAACUUCAGCUUUAAAAUGAGCCCCAGGGGCCACAGGAACCUUUUGCAGUUUGCAAAGCCCAAGCAUUGGGCAAUUGUGGUUUCCUCCAGAGAGGAGGAACUCAGGCUCGCCAACCCUGACCCUGGGCUUCUGAGCCUCAGCUGCUCUGGCAUGGAGAGUGUGGUACAGCCUUCAGUGUUUGUGGUGGAUGGACAGACAAACAUCCCAUUCAGGCGGCUGGGACAGAACCACAGGAGACGGCACUGCGGCACUGUCCAGGUCAGCCUGGCCCUGCUGCUGCUGCUGGGUGCUGGGCUGGCCACUGAGGGCUGGUUUCUCCUGAGACUGCAUCAGCGUCUUGGGGACAUAGUGGCUCAUCUGCCAGACGGAGGCAAAGGCUCCUGGGAGAAGCUGAUACAAGAUCAACGGUCUCACCAGCCCAACCCAGCAGCACAUCUUACAGGAGCUAACGCCAGCUUGAUAGGCAUUGGUGGACCUCUGUUAUGGGAGACACAACUUGGCCUGGCCUUCUUGAGGGGCCUGACGUAUCAUGAUGGGGCCCUGGUGACCACCGAGGCUGGCUACUACUACGUGUACUCCAAAGUGCAGUUGAGAGGUGUGGGCUGCCCCCAGGGGCUGGCCAAUGGCCUCCCCAUCACCCACGGGCUGUACAAGCGCACAUCCCGAUACCCCGAGGAGUUAGAACUGCUGGUCAGCCGGCGGUCACCUUGUGGCCGGGCCAACAGCUCCCAAGUCUGGUGGGACAGUAGUUUCCUCGGCGGAGUGGUACAUCUGGAGGCCGGAGAAGAGGUGGUGGUCCGCGUGCCUGGAAACCGCCUGGUCAGACCACGUGAUGGCACGAAGUCCUAUUUCGGAGCUUUCAUGGUCUGAAGGCUAUGGCGACAAUGGAUUUUGUGGAGGGACCUAUCAAGGACUCACCUCAAACCCAGCAACCGGGUUUGAAGUCCCCCCUUUAAGGAGCCCUGAACUCUGCAGGUGGUGUAUUCGGAAGGGUGUGAACCGCUGAGCUGCUUUGGGCAAUCUUCA